GUCACAACACAGAAAGAGGAGGAGGAGGAAGAGAGAGAAAGAGAAAACUAAAAACCCUGAAGGAUGGUUCUCAAAAAUUCGAAAGGAACCACAGGGAAUUCCUUUUAAGAGCAACAGAAAGCGAGCCAGCUGAGGGAUUCCGAAGGGAUGAUUGUAGCCAGCAGCGGAGAUGCCUUUUCCUUAGCCCUGUAGAACGUCUUUGGAAAUUAACCUGGAGCCCAGUGCUGUGCAGGGACUCCCUGGAGAACCAGGGCCAGAAGUGCACCACUGCUUCCCCAAGAGUUCUCUUCUUUCACACAUGCCCUUCUUAUCGGGAGCCAGCCUCUGACGGGACACGGCAGUCAGCUCAAGCUCUGAUGUCUCUGAUGAUUUCUCCCUAGGUGCUGAUCUGGAGACUCUAUACCAAUUCUCUCUUGGCUGGAUAGGAACCAGAGUCCUUGCUCCCGUCGUUGACAGUGCCCUGGUCUCACCACAUUAUUGUCACAUUUGCUUGCUGAGGAUGGGACAAUUUUGCCAUUGAAAAGAGGAAGCCGGAGAAGUGUAAGAACUUUGAGUCUGUGCUCUUUCCAUCAGCUGGACAAUAACAUGCAGAAGUAAUUAAUUCAUCUCCAUUCCAUCACCGCUUAUCAGACUUCAAAGAUAUUUUAAAUCACAAAUGGGACUGUAUCAAAUAUUGUAAUAGAAAUUCACCAAAAGAUCUGGUCUGCAGAAACAGGCCCAUUUGAUUCCACUGGCUCUCAAGUGUCCUGCGACUCUGGGCCCAUUUGACUCCACUGACGAUCACAUGCACCUAUCCAGGAUUUGUAUGAAAAGAAAAAGUCUGAAGGAAAAGUACAAGACAUUCAAGUCAACAUAAGAGACGGCAACAGGUCCAAGCCGUAGUGGGUGCAAUGAAAGCUCCAUGCAGGCCUUACCAUGGAAGGCUGUGACUCGCCUGUCAUCUCUGGGAAGGACAAUGGGUGUGGCAUCCCUCAGCACCAGCAAUGGACUGAACUCAACAGCACCCACCUCCCUGACAAACCCAGUAGCAUGGAGCAGUCCACAACCGAAAACCACGGGGCCCUAGACAGCCUGAGGGUCCCCUUUAAUGAGCGCAUUCCAGACAGCAUCAACUCAGCUGGCCCCAACACUGAGUCCACUAGCAAAGAGGUCAGCUGCAACGAAUGCUUGGCCUCCUUUGCCAGUUUACAGACCUAUAUGGAGCACCAUUGCCCCAGUGCCCGCCCACCUCUUCCACUGAGGGAGGAAAGUGGGAGUGAUACCAGUGAGGAGGGGGACGAGGAGAGUGAUGUGGAGAACCUUGCUGGAGAAAUAGUCUACCAGCCAGAUGGCUCCGCGUAUAUUGUUGAAAGCGUCAACCAGUUGAUCCAAAGUGGGGGAGCCAGUGGCAGUGGGGCUCUCCCUUCAUUCGUUAUGAACUCUCUACCCAAUGCUGGGGGCAAACCAGGAGAACCCUCCUCUGCUGCACCCGUGUAUCCACAGAUCAUUAAUACUUUCCACAUAGCCUCAUCCUUCGGGAAAUGGUUUGAGGGCUCAGACCAGUCCUUCCCGAAUACCUCAGCCCUGACGGGCAUCAGCCCCGUCUUGCACAGCUUCCGCGUUUUUGAUGUGCGACACAAAAGCAACAAGGAUUACCUGAACAGCGAUGGUUCUGCCAAAAGCUCCUGUGUAUCCAAAGAUGUUCCCAACAAUGUGGACCUGUCCAAAUUUGAUGGCUUUGUGCUCUAUGGGAAGAGGAAGCCCAUACUGAUGUGUUUCUUGUGCAAGCUCUCCUUUGGGUAUGUCCGCUCAUUUGUGACCCAUGCAGUGCAUGACCAUCGAAUGACUCUGAGUGAGGAGGAGCGGAAAAUUCUUAGCAAUAAGAACAUCUCCGCUAUCAUCCAAGGGAUAGGCAAAGACAAGGAACCCCUUGUAAGUUUUCUGGAACCAAAAAACAAAAACUUUCAACACCCUUUAGUUUCCGCAGCUAACCUCAUAGGCCCUGGACACAGCUUUUAUGGUAAAUUCAGUGGCAUUCGAAUGGAAGGGGAAGAGGCUGUCCAGGCUGGCACUGCCAGUGGAGCAGAGCAGCCACCAUCAGGCAUCUUGGCGCCUGGUGCCCUCUUGAACCUUGGUGGGCUGACCAGCUCAGCUCUGAAAACCCCAAUUACCUCAGUUCCCCUGGGCCCGCUGGCUUCCAGUCCUACCAAAUCCUCAGAGGGAAAAGACCCCGGGGCAACAGACAGCGAGAAGCAAGAACUGGGUGACCAGGAUAGCCUCUCGGAAAAAGCAGAACCAGCUGAGGAUGUGGAGGAGGACGAAGAAGAGGAGGAUGUGGAGGAGGAGGAGGAGGAAGAGGAGGAGGAAGAAGACGACGACGAUGAGGGUUGCAAAGGACUGUUUCCAAGCGAGUUGGAGGAUGAAUUGGAAGAUGGGCCCCAUGAAGAGUCUGGGGCUGUGGCAGGUAGCAGCAGCAAAAAGGACCCUGCUCUCUCAAACCAAAGCAUUUCUAACUCUCCCUUAAUGCCUAACGUGCUCCAGACCCUGUCAAGGGGCACAGCUUCUUCUAUUUCUAAUUCUGCUUCUUCCUUUGUCUUUGAUGGUGCAAACAGGAGGAGUCGUUUAAGCUUUAACAAUGAGGGCGGUGGAGCCAGCGUGGCAGAGGGCAGCAGGAGGUUGGACUUCGUCGAUGAAAGUGCCAAUAAAGACAAUGCCACAGCACCAGAACCAAAUGAGAGUGCAGAGGGCGAGGAUGGGAGCUACAUCUCCCAUCACCAGCACACUGGUCCCCUCUGUGAGCUUGGGGGUGGGGAGUGCCCCUCGGGGAGUGGUGUGGAGUGCCCAAAGUGUGACACAGUCCUGGGCUCCUCACGGUCACUAGGUGGCCACAUGACCAUGAUGCAUUCUCGCAACUCGUGUAAGACACUCAAGUGUCCCAAGUGCAAUUGGCACUACAAAUACCAGCAGACACUUGAGGCACACAUGAAGGAGAAGCACCCCGAGCCAGGUGGCUCGUGCGUGUACUGCAAGAGUGGGCAGCCACACCCCCGGUUGGCACGGGGCGAGAGCUACACUUGUGGUUACAAGCCUUUUCGUUGCGAGGUCUGUAACUACUCCACUACUACCAAAGGCAACCUCAGUAUUCAUAUGCAGUCCGACAAGCAUCUCAACAACAUGCAAACCCUGCAGAAUGGAGGGGGAGAGCAGGUCUUCAGUCACACGGCUGGGGCAGCGGCGGCGGCUGCGGCCGCGGCAGCAGCCGCGGCAGCAAACAUUGGUAGCACCUGUGGGGCCCCCUCGCCCACCAAACCAAAAACCAAACCCACCUGGCGGUGUGAGGUGUGUGACUACGAAACCAACGUAGCUAGGAACCUUCGCAUUCACAUGACCAGUGAGAAGCACAUGCACAAUAUGAUGCUGCUUCAGCAGAAUAUGACCCAAAUCCAGCACAGCCGGCAUUUGGGCCUUGGCAGCCUGCCCUCCCCGGCCGAGGCCGAACUGUACCAGUACUAUCUGGCACACAACGUGAGUCUGCCCAGCCUGAAGAUGGACAGCACUUCCUCCGAUGCCCCGUUCAGGAUGGGUGGAUACCAGCUCGAUCCCACCAGCCCUAUGGCAACCGUGGCUCCGUCUCUAGUGGGUGGAGAGAUCCCCCUGGACAUGCGGCUGGGGGGCGGGCAGCUGGUGUCCGAGGAGUUAAUGAACCUGGGUGAGAGCUUCACGCAAACGAACGACCCAUCACUGAAGCUCUUCCAGUGUGCUGUGUGCAACAAGUUCACUACAGACAACCUGGACAUGCUGGGGCUGCACAUGAAUGUGGAGCGCAGCCUCCCGGAGGAUGAGUGGAAGGCCGUGAUGGGGGACUCGUACCAGUGCAAGCUGUGCCGUUACAACACACAGCUCAAGGCAAACUUCCAGCUCCACUGCAAAACGGAUAAGCACGUGCAGAAGUACCAGCUAGUAGCGCACAUCAAGGAGGGUGGCAAAGCCAACGAGUGGAGGCUGAAGUGUGUGGCCAUCGGGAACCCCGUGCAUCUGAAGUGCAAUGCCUGUGACUACUACACCAACAGUCUGGAGAAGCUGCGUCUGCACACAGUUAACUCCAGGCAUGAGGCCAGCCUGAAGCUGUACAAGCACCUUCAGCAUCAUGAGAGCGGGGUUGAGGGCGAAAGCUGCUAUUAUCACUGUGUCCUCUGUAACUAUUCCACCAAGGCCAAGCUGAACCUUAUCCAACAUGUGCGCUCCAUGAAACAUCAGCGUAGUGAGAGCCUGCGUAAACUGCAGCGCCUUCAGAAGGGCCUCCCUGAGGAAGAGGAGGACUUAGGUCAGAUCUUCACCAUCCGCAAGUGUCCAGCUGCUGAUGCCGAAGAGUCAGUUGAAGAUGUGGAAGGGCUGAAUGAGACACCAGCUGAUCCAGAAGAGCCUACUAAAGAGCAAGAGAGUGGAGGUGACAAGGACCAAAACAAAUGGACAGCACCAGCCAGCCAGGCAGACAAGGAGCUGACAGAGUCUCCAGCAUCCUCCAAAUGCAUGUCAUUUCCCAGCAGCUCUGAGUCACCUCUCUCCUCUAAAUGGUCAAAAACUUCAGAGGAGACCAAAUCAGAGCAGAUGUAUCAGUGUCCAUACUGCAAAUACAGUAACACCGAUGUGAACCGGCUGCGGGUGCAUGCCAUGACCCAGCACUCCGUGCAGCCCAUGCUCCGCUGCCCACUCUGCCAGGACAUGCUCAACAACAAGAUCCAUCUGCAGCUGCACCUCACACACCUGCACAGUGUGUCGCCUGACUGUGUGGAAAAACUCCUCAUGACGGUGACAACACCGGAAGGGAUGAUGCCCAGCAGUAUGUUUCUCCCAGCAGCCGCUCCAGACAGAGAUGGAAACUCCAAUGCCGACGAGCCGGGGAAGCGGGCCGAGACCUCUGAGGACUCAGGAAAAGGCCUCCUGUCAUCUGAGAGCAUAGAGCACAGUGGAGAGUCCAAACCUGUUCCUGCCGAUCAGAGCUCCACCAGAGAGGACUCUGGCUUUCUUUGCUGGAAGAAGGGGUGCAGCCAGGUGUUCAAAAGCUCAGCGGCCCUUCAGACGCAUUUCAAUGAAGUUCAUGCUAAACGGCCCCAACUGCCAGUAUCCGAUCGCCACGUCUACAAGUACCGUUGCAACCAGUGCAGCCUGGCCUUCAAAACCAUCGAGAAGCUGCAGCUUCAUUCUCAGUACCAUGUAAUCAGAGCAGCUACUAUGUGUUGUCUUUGCCAACGCAGUUUCCGAACCUUCCAAGCUCUGAAGAAGCACCUGGAGACAAGUCAUCUGGAGUUGAGUGAAGCAGACAUUCAGCAGCUUUACAGUGGGCUUUUGGUCAAUGGAGACCUCCUAGCUAUGGGUGAUCCUUCGCUGGCUGAUGACCAUACUAUCAUUGUUGAAGAUGAUAAAGAGGAAGAGAGUGACCUAGAAGAUAAACAGAGUCCUACUGGCAGUGAUUCUGGGUCAGUACAAGAAGACUGUGGCUUGGAACCUAAGAGGGCCCUACCUUUCAGAAAAGGUCCUAAUUUCACCAUGGAGAAAUUUCUCGACCCAUCUCGCCCAUACAAGUGCACAGUCUGCAAAGAAUCUUUCACACAAAAGAACAUUCUUUUGGUCCAUUACAAUUCAGUCUCUCAUCUGCAUAAACUGAAAAGAGCCCUUCAGGAGUCUGCUACUGGGCAACCUGAACCUACCAGCAGUCCAGACAACAAACCUUUUAAGUGCAACACUUGCAAUGUGGCCUACAGCCAGAGUUCUACGCUGGAGAUCCACAUGAGGUCUGUCUUGCACCAGACAAAGGCUCGAGCUGCCAAGCUGGAGGCAGCUAGUGGCGGUGGCAGUGGUAACGGAACUGGCAGCAGCAACAGCAUCUCUCUGGGUUCGUCCACACCAAGUCCAGUGGGUGCUAGCAGCUCUAAUACCUUCACAGCCGCCAACACCAGCAGCGCUGGCCCAGCUCCCAUCCCUGGUUCACUCAAGCAGGGAUCCGGUGAGAGUGUGGGAAUCGCACCGUCGAGUAACCCCGUUAGUGCGAACAUCGCCUCCCCUUCCGAGCCUAAGGACGUCAACCGGAAGAAACUGGCUGACAUGAUUGCAUCCAGGCAGCAGCAGCAGCAGCAGCAAGCUCAGACCUUAGCACAGGCGCAAGCCCAAGUCCAGGCCCACCUCCAGCAAGAGCUGCAGCAGCAAGCUGCCCUCCUGCAGUCUCAGCUGUUCAACCCUGCUCUCUUACCACAUUUCCCCAUGACCACAGAAACCCUACUCCAGCUUCAGCAACAGCAGCAUCUUCUGUUUCCAUUUUACAUCCCCAGUGCUGAGUUCCAGCUCAAUCCAGAAGUUAGCUUACCUGUGACCAGUGGUGCUCUGACACUAUCUGGUACUGGUCCAAAUUUGCUGGAAGAUUUAAAGGCUCAAGUUCAGCUCCCACAGCAGAGCCAUACACAGAUAUUGCAACAGCAGCAAGGCCAACUAUCUUUGUCACAGUCUCACUCUGUCCAUAUACAACAGAGCCAGCAUCACGAGAAAAAAAACAAAUCCGUUAUUAAGGAGAAGGAAAAAGAAACUCAGAGGGAAAGGGAAAAUGCAGAGAGGGGAGACAGCAGUUUAUUGUCUAAAGAGUCUCUGCCUGACAACCUAAAGCCCAAAGACAAGAAAGACUUUGCCCCAGGCAAUAGUUCAGAACCCUCCCUACUUCCUCCACGUAUCGCAUCUGAUGCAAGAGGCAAUGCCACAAAAGCCUUGCUAGAAAACUUUGGCUUUGAGCUGGUUAUUCAGUACAACGAGAACAAGCAGAAGGUGCAAAAGAAAAAUGGGAAGACAGAGCAGGGUGAGAACUUGGAAAAGCUUGAAUGUGACACAUGUGGCAAGUUUUUCUCAAACAUCCUCAUUCUAAAGAGUCACCAAGAGCACGUUCACCAACACUACUUCCCUUUUAAGCAGCUGGAGAGGUUUGCCAAGCAGUACAGAGAGCACUAUGAUAAACUGUAUCCACUGAGACCUCAGACUCCAGAGCCACCUCCACCUCCUCCUCCACCUCCACCUCCACUCCCUACAGCACCUCCUCAGCCAGCUUCCACUCCUGCCAUUCCUACUUCUGCUCCACCUAUUACUUCUCCUACAAUUGCACCAGCCCAGCCAUCUGUGCCACUCACCCAGCUCUCUAUGCCAAUGGAGCUGCCCAUCUUUUCACCACUUAUGAUGCAAACUAUGCCACUACAAACAUUACCUGCCCAGUUACCACCUCAGCUUGGUCCUGUAGACUCUCUACCUGCGGACCUGGCUCAGCUGUAUCAACAUCAGCUCAACCCUAGCCUUCUACAGCAACAGCAGAACAAGAGGCCACGUACUCGGAUCACAGAUGACCAGCUCAGAGUUCUUCGGCAGUAUUUUGAUAUCAACAACUCUCCCAGUGAGGAACAGAUCAAAGAGAUGGCAGACAAGUCUGGACUGCCACAGAAAGUGAUAAAACACUGGUUUAGAAACACUCUGUUCAAAGAACGCCAGCGCAACAAGGAUUCCCCAUACAACUUCAGCAAUCCUCCAAUUACCAGCCUGGAAGAACUGAAGAUAGACUCACGGCCUCCCUCUCCAGAACCUCAAAAGCACGAAUACUGGGGAAGCAAGAGGUCCUCCAGGACACGGUUUACCGAUUACCAGCUCAGAGUCCUGCAGGACUUUUUUGAUGCUAAUGCUUAUCCAAAGGAUGAUGAAUUUGAACAACUUUCUAAUUUGCUGAACCUCCCUACACGGGUUAUAGUGGUGUGGUUCCAGAACGCCCGUCAGAAAGCUAGGAAAAACUAUGAGAACCAAGGAGAAGGCAAAGAUGGAGAACGGCGGGAGCUUACAAAUGACAGGUACAUUCGAACGAGCAACUUAAACUACCAGUGCAAAAAAUGUAGUCUUGUCUUUCAGCGCAUUUUUGAUCUUAUCAAACACCAGAAAAAGCUUUGUUAUAAGGAUGAGGAUGAGGAUGGACAGGAUGAUAGCCAGAAUGAAGACUCUAUGGAUGCAAUGGAGCUAUUGACGCCAACCAGUUCCUCCUGCAGCACACCAAUGCCCUCUCAAGCUUACAGCACCCCCACAUCCUCAGCUAAUGCAACCUCUUCAGCCUUCUUGCAGCUCACAGCUGAGGCAGAUGACUCCUCCGUGUAUAGUUCUAAAAUAGAAGCUACAGAUGAGAAACCAAAGCAAUCUGAACCUCCAAGUACACAGCAAAACCAAACUCAAGACAAGCAAGUGCAACCAAAGCAAGAGCCUCAGCAGCAGCAAGACCAAGGAGAACAGAAGACAAGUUCAACACACCAAAAGAUCUCACCAUUAUCCCCCCCAUCCUCAUUACAACAACAGCCUCCGCCACAGGCACAACCACCCCAGUGUCCUUUGCCACAAUCAAGCCCAAGUCCAUCUCAACUCUCACAUCUUUCCCUCAAGCCCCUUCAUACGUCCACCCCGCAACAACUAGCAAACCUACCUCCUCAAUUAAUCCCGUACCAGUGUGACCAAUGUAAACUGGCAUUUCCCUCCUUUGAGCAUUGGCAGGAGCAUCAGCAGCUUCAUUUUUUGAGUGCACAAAAUCAGUUUAUCCAUCCGCAGUUUCUGGAUAGGACGCUAGAUAUGCCUUUCAUGCUUUUUGACCCCAGUAAUCCACUACUUGCAAGCCAGCUGCUAUCUGGAACUCUACCUCAGAUUCCAGCAAGCUCAGCCACUUCACCCUCAACCCCAACAUCUACAAUGAACACUCUGAAGAGAAAGCUGGAGGAAAAGGCCAGUGCAAGCCCUGGGGAAAAUGACAGUGGGACUGGCGGAGAAGAACCUCAGAGAGAUAAGCGUCUAAGGACAACUAUUACCCCAGAACAGCUGGAAAUUCUGUACCAAAAGUACCUGCUCGACUCUAACCCAACACGGAAGAUGUUGGAUCACAUUGCGCAUGAGGUGGGCUUGAAGAAACGUGUUGUGCAGGUUUGGUUUCAGAACACUCGAGCACGGGAAAGGAAAGGGCAGUUUAGAGCUGUGGGUCCUGCCCAAGCCCAUAGACGGUGUCCUUUCUGCAGAGCUCUCUUUAAAGCAAAGACGGCUCUGGAAGCUCAUAUCCGAUCCCGUCAUUGGCACGAGGCUAAGAGAGCUGGGUACAACUUGACUUUGUCUGCUAUGCUCUUGGAUUGUGAUGGAGGACUCCAAAUGAAGGGGGACAUUUUUGAUGGAGCAAGCUUUUCCCACUUGCCACCAACCAGUAGUGAUGGUCAGGGUAUUCCUCUUUCACCAGCAAGCAAAACUAUGGAGCUCUCACCUCGAACUCUGCUUAGUCCGUCCUCCAUUAAAGUGGAAGGAAUAGAAGACUUUGAAAGCCCCUCCAUAUCCUCAGUUAAUCUGAGUUUUGACCAAGCAAAGUUGGACAAUGAUGACUGCUCUUCAGUCAACACUGCAAUCACAGACACUACAACAGGAGAUGAAGGCAAUGCAGACAAUGAUAGUGCAACGGGGAUUGCAACUGAAAUCAAAUCAACAUCAGGACCUAGUGAGGGCCUGACAAAGGCUGCCAUGAUAGCAAUGUCUGAGUAUGAAGAUCGAUUGUCUUCUGGCCUUGUCAGCCCAGCUCCCAGCUUUUAUAGUAAAGAGUAUGACAAUGAAGGUACUGUGGACUAUAGCGAAACCUCCAGCCUUGCAGACCCCUGCUCACCCAGCCCUGGUGCCAGUGGUUCAGCAGGCAAGUCUGGAGACAGUGGGGAUCGGCCAGGGCAGAAACGCUUUCGCACUCAGAUGACUAAUCUCCAGCUAAAAGUCCUAAAGUCAUGCUUUAACGACUACAGGACGCCUACCAUGCUGGAGUGUGAGGUCCUAGGUAAUGACAUUGGACUGCCAAAGAGAGUUGUUCAGGUCUGGUUCCAGAAUGCUAGGGCAAAGGAGAAGAAGUCCAAGCUAAGCAUGGCCAAGCAUUUUGGUAUAAACCAAACAAGUUAUGAGGGACCCAAAACAGAGUGCACUUUGUGUGGCAUCAAGUACAGCGCUCGGCUGUCUGUACGUGACCAUAUCUUCUCUCAACAGCAUAUCUCCAAAGUUAAAGACACCAUUGGAAGCCAGUUGGAUAAGGAGAAAGAGUACUUUGACCCCGCUACUGUACGUCAGUUGAUGGCUCAGCAGGAGUUGGACCGGAUCAAAAAAGCCAAUGAGGUUCUUGGUCUGGCAGCUCAACAGCAGGGCAUGUUUGAUAAUACCCCUCUACAAGCUCUUAACCUUCCUACUGCGUACCCAGCACUACAGGGCAUCCCUCCAGUCUUGCUCCCAGGCCUCAACAGCCCAUCCUUGCCAGGCUUCACUCCAUCCAACACAGCUUUAACUUCUCCAAAACCCAGCCUGAUGGGUCUGCCCAGCACAAGCGUCCCUUCACCUGGCCUUCCCACAUCUGGAUUACCAAAUAAACAGCCCCCCGCCGCGCUGAGCUCCCCAACUCCAGCACAAGCACCCGUGGCCCUGGCCCCGCAGCAGCAGCCGCGCAAGGAUAAGGAAAGUGAGAAGAUGAAAGAGAAGGAGAAGGCGCCUAAAGGGAAAGGGGAUUCCCUGCCGGGGCCCAAGAAGGAGAAAGGAGAGGCCCCUGCAGCGACCCUUUCUGCCCCCCUGCCCACCAUGGAGUAUGCGGUGGAGCCUGCCCAGCUUCAGGCUCUGCAGGCUGCCUUGAAUUCAGACCCCACAGCCUUGCUUACAAGCCAGUUCCUUCCCUACUUUGUCCCAGGCUUUUCACCCUAUUACGCCCCUCAGAUUCCUGGGGCCCUGCAGAGCGGGUACCUGCAGCCCAUGUACGGCAUGGAGGGCCUGUUCCCUUACAGCCCCGCUCUGUCGCAGGCUCUGCUCGGCCUGUCCCCCGGCUCCUUGCUGCAGCAGUACCAGCAGUACCAGCAGAGCCUGCAGGAGGCUCUGCAGCAGCAGCAGAGACCAGUGCAGCCGCAGCAGCCGCCGAAAAAGUGCAGCCGCAGCCCAAAGGAAGCCAAACCCCAGCCCCCCCGGGGGCUGCCCCCCCCCGACAAAGACCCUGCCAAAGAAUCCCCCAAACAGGAAGAGCAGAAAAACGCCCCCCGUGAGGUGUCCCCCCUCCUGCCCAAACCCCAAGAAGAGCCCGAAGCAGAAAGCAACAGCGCGGACUCCCUGUGUGACCCCUUCAUCGUUCCAAAGGUGCAGUACAAGCUGGUCUGCCGCAAGUGCCAGGCGGGCUUCAGCGACCGGGAGGCGGCCAGCCACCACCUGACGUCCCUCUGCUGCUUCGGCCAGCCUGCGGCGAGCCUGCAGGAGAUGGUGCUCCACGUGCCCACGGGCGGGGGCCAGGGCAGCAGCUCGUACCAGUGCGUGGCGUGCGAGAGCACAGUGUGCGGGGACGAAGCCCUGAGUCAGCAUCUCGAGUCAGCCCCUCACAAACACCGAACAAUCACCAGAGCAGCAAGAAACGCCAAAGAGCACCCCAGUCGAUUACCUCACUCUGCCUGCCUCCCCGAUCCUAGCACCGCAUCUACCUCGCAGUCUGCCGCUCACUCAAACGACAGCCCCCUAGCCCCUCUGUCCUCCUCCUCCUCUUCAGCUUCCCCCCACGCCUCCAGAAAGUCUUGGCCUCAAGCGCUCUCCCGGGCUCCACUUGGGAAGCCGCCGCCUCCUUCUUUCCCUCCUCUCUCCUCAUCUCCAACGGUUACCUCAAGUUCAUGCAGCACCUCAGGGGUUCAGCCCUCGAUGCCAACAGACGACUAUUCGGAGGAGUCUGACACGGAUCUUAGCCAAAAGUCAGAUGGACCGGCUAGCCCGGGGGAGGGGCCUAAAGACCCCAGCUGCCCGAAGGACAGUGGUCUAACUAGUGUAGGAAUGGACACCUUCAGAUUGUAAGCUUUGAAGAUGAACAAUACAAAAAUGAAUUUAAAUAAAAUUAAUAACAAACCAAUUUCAAAAAUAGACUAACUGCAAUUCCAAAGCUUCUAACCAAAAAAAGAAAAAGAAAAAAGAAAAAGCGUGGGUUGUUUUCCCAUAUAACAAUGCCGGUGGGUUUUACAUUUUUUUUUUCUUUUAAUAAAAAAAAAAACAAAAAAACCUCUCUUACAUUUGUCCUUUUGAAGGUCCUGUUGGUCUGGGAGACAAAAGUCCAAACUGCCUCCUUAAUGUCUUUGGAGCUUAAACCCCUUGUAUAUUGCCCUUUUCCAAUAAUGCCCCCACAUUGAUAGCACAGCAAAGGCCGGCAUGCACUGUAUGGGAAAGCAGCCCACCGGGCUACAGUUUAAAUUUCUUGCUAUCUUAGCAUUCAGAUACCAAUGGCUUGCUAAAAGAAAAAAGAAAUGUAAUGUCUUUUUAUUCUCAGGUCAAUCGCUCACACUUUGUUCUGUUUUCAGAAUCAUUGUUUUUAUAUAUAUAUAUAUAUAUGUGUGUGUGUGUGUGUGUAUGUAUAUAUAUAUAUAUAUAUAUAUAAUUUUUUUGUUUGUUUGUUUUGGGUGUUUUGUUUUGUUUUUUGUUCCAGAAAAGAAUUUUGUUUUGUUGGGUUUGGGGAGGGUUGUUUUGGGCUGGGGGGGAGGUUGUUUUUUAAUUUAAAAUGGGCAGAAAGUAUUCAAGAGAAAAACAAUGUGAACUGCUUUCGCUUUCUGGGGAUUUUAAGGGUAGCUUUUCUGAUGAAGCCAAUUUCAAGGGGAAAAGUUAAGCACUCCCACUUUUCAGAAAAAAAACACAGAGUGUUGAGGACUUGGAGCUUAAAAAUAAGUUUUAAAACAACUGACUUUCUGUAUUUAUGAUAGAUAUGACCAUUUUUGGUGUUGAGUAGAUUGUUGCAUUGGAAAUGAACUGAAGCAGUAUGGUAGAUUUAAAAGAAAAAACCCUUUUGUGUACAUUUAGCUUUUGUAUGGUCCAGCUGACGGCUUCUCAUUUGAUGUUGUCUUGUUCAUUCCUAGCCAGAUAGAUUGCAAUCCAUUGACUCGCCUAAGCUUUUCUCCCCUUUGUACCUUUAUUCCCCUUUCACCCAUCCUGUAAUCUUCCACUUAUGGUUACUGCCUUCAUUUCUUAGAGGGUGGUUGCAUAAUUAUUUUAUAAAAACUAAAGAAAGAAGUUCAAAGGGUUUUGGGGGUCAGUAGGAUCCCUUGCAGAAUAUUUUUUGUUGGGGGUUUGAAACUUUUUAAGACAUAUACAUACGAUUUACCUAUGUCUGUUACCCUUGUGCACUUAUCUCUUAUUUUUCGUUUUCCUUUUUUCUCUUCCUUUCCUCAUUUUGUAAAUGCUUCAAAGAUUCUGUUCCUAAACUAUAAGCGUUUGUUUGUGUAAUUAGGCUGCACUCUGUUCCUUCUUUUAAAAUAACUUUUUGUUACAUUUUUUCUCAAAAAAAAAUUCAUGCUUUAAAUAAAAUCCAAAGACAUACCCUUUCACCACUGGUGCAGAAUGAGCAAAAAGGUUUCUUUUUACAUGAGAAUUUGUUUCUGAUUUAAACAAACAAAACUAAGUUUAAAUAAAGAAAAGAAUAAAAAAGUUCCCAGGUUGUUAUCUGUGCUUCUUCUGCAAGCAGAGAGGCAACUCUUUAUGAAAAUUCAACAUACCAAAACACAAGUUUUUACUUCAAAGUUUUGUCCUUGUGUUAGGCAGUCUGAGUGGUGAGAGACCCAGAGGUGCAGCCCGCAAAGAAUCAGAUAGCAAUGUACAGAAAGCAAAACAAAAAACAAAACAAAAAAAUCCCAUAUGUGAGGCACUUGUGUUUAUGUUAAUCUCUGUGUUCCUGUUAGUGGAAAACACACACACACACACACACACACACACACCCCUCUUAUGGUCUGGACUUUAAAAGAAAAACUUUGUGCUGCUAAAAUGUAGAUUUUGGAGACAGAUGCUUGCUAUUUCACUUCCCUAGCCAAAUGUCAACAGAAACAAUCUCCCUUCCUCCCGACCCUUGAAAGUGUGAAAUCAUUCACCCUGUCAUCCUCCUUAUAUUUCAAAAGGGAACUUCGAAGACUGUGAAUGCAGGUUCCAUUGUUCACCCUCUGGCUUCUUUUCCCAAUGUUGAAGCCACUCAUCAACUUUUCAAGAGACUGGAGCAUUCCGAGAUAUGAAACGCGGAUUUCAUUUUUUUAGCCGGGACUCUUAUUUUUAUGAAUUUUUGUUUUUAGUUUAAUGAAAGACUAGAUCUUGAAAUGUUGUACAUAUUUCUAACUAGGCUGAUGCACAGUGCAAAUUCCUUUUUUAAUUGUUUUUUAAGUAGACAAUACUAAAGAGAGUACCAUCUAAUAUUCAUACGAGUAUCCAGUUGUAGCAUAAGGUGUCAAAAAUGAAAACAAGUACACAAAGCGUUUGCUCUUUUAACAAACUGUUUUCUUUUAACAAAAGUUCUUGUAUUUCUCCCUGUGUUUGAGAUGAACAUUUUUUAAAUUUCAAAGUUGUACAGUUUUUUGUUUUCCAUUAUUUUAUCUUGUUUGUAAUUCUAUGAUAUAUAUAUAUUCAAAUAUAUAUAUAUAUAUUUUUGCCAUUUAACUGUUGUAUGUUACUCUGUCUGUAUCAUAUAGAAAUAUUUUGUUUGUUUUGUUUUUGGUUCUCUGUGUGAUACAAGUUAACAAUUUAACACUACCUUUAUCUGUCAAAUUCUGCUAGGUAUCUUUUGAAAUCUUUUCUUUUGGUUUUUAUUAUGUCGUUUGGUCAUAGUGCAAUUUCUCUCUCCUUCUUCUCCCUCUUCCUUCCCACCCACUAAAAAGUGUUUUAAACUUAUUUUCUUAUAUUUUUUUCCUAAAUAUUUCUAGAUACUCUUUCAGUCUGAGAUUGUCUCAUCCUUUUGAAGUGCCAUGCAGCAGUGGCUGCAGGGCCUGCUCGCUUUCUCCAGCCCAGGCUGAGCUACUGUGCUCUCACUCGAAGUGAAAUUGAUGAACAUCAGAAGGGUUAGGGUUGCCAAAGUCUGAUUCCUGCUGCAGAAUUCCCACAGGGGUUGAAGGUGUUAUGUGGACUCCUCGGUUGUAAUACUGCUUUAAUCGCAGAUGAAAUGAGUGAUGGUUUCAACCAAGUCCUUGGAGGAUAAUUUUCCCCAUCAGAUCACUAUUCUCCCCCCACCUCCAUGUCUUUUAACACACUGUGGUACAGUUAGCGGUCGCUGCUCAGGAGAGGCCCAGAACUAGAAUACCAGGUGUGGUGCCAGUCAGGGUUGAGAUGCAUACAGGCUGUGUUGGGAAACUUGCAUGGUGCCUGUCUGCUCAUACCAAGCCAAUCUGUAGCCGGCGCUGUUAGUCUCUCACUCUCAUGAGCACUAAAAUUCAUGCCAGUAAUUCAAUAUCUGUCUACACUUCUGCCCUUCAGACUGGCCUUCACUUGAGAAUUUGCACCUCUCUUCUCCUUGAGAGGCUAUGGGAAGGGGGUCAUUUUCAAAGCCUUUUUAAAAAUUUCCCCAUAAUAUAAAUUUUUCUAUUUCAAAUAGAAAAACCAACAAAGUGGCCUGGUGCUGGACACCAAUCCCAAAGGGGGCUCUGAGACCCGAGUAGCUGGUACUACUCAGUCUGCUUAGAACAGCACCAGAUAGAACCCUAGAGCUGAGGUCUCCUCCCUUCUGCUUUUCCUAGAAAAGGGGGAGGUGGAAAACCCCCACAAGGAAAAGAUUUUAAACACAGCACAGAGCCGAUUACUGUUUAUUUUUAAAUUAAAAGCUUUUUAAAGAGGCGAAGAUGGCCAAAUUUCUCACACAACAGUAUGAAAUACACUGUAAGGCAUGUGUUUAGAGGGCCAACCUGCGCCCGUGCAGCAGGCAAGGCAGGAAGAUGCAGACAACAGAGAGGCAUUAACACAAGCCAGCACAGUUGAUGUUUGUGAAAAUAUAUUUUGCUUUUUUUAAAAUAAAUUAACUAAAUUAAAACAUUUUAAAUAGAAGCAGAAAUUUGGUUGGUUUGUUGGCUGAGAUACUGCCCACUGUGAAACACAAAGCUUUGACUAUUUUUUUGUUUGUUUUUGGGGGGCAAGUUUGGGUAGAACAGAAAGCGUAAAUGAGGUGAAGAGGUAUAUGAACAGCCUUUGCAAUGUACAAAUAAUAGAGCAAGUGAAACCAAAAAUGAUGUUCUUGGUGUUUUUCUAUAAUGUAGUCUUGUUAGCUUUUUUGUUACUGUAACAAUGCUGAUCUCGAACUGUACCAAAAUACAUGGAGACGAACAGAAACAGAAACCACAUGGAACUUUCAAAACUUUAAAAAAAAAAUUGUCACAAAAACUUUGUUGUCAUAGUUAAGUUGAUUGUAGAUGGUAAUUGAAUAUACUCCUUUGAAAAUAUUUCAUCAAGUAUGUUUCCUGCUCAUUGUGAUACAUUAAAAAAAAAUGAGCAAAAGCUCUUGUCUCCGA